AUGGUUCUCGGGGAGCUGAGGAAGAAAAAGUUUGCUCCGUUAAAAAUAGACUAUGUUGUUCAUAUACAGAUGAUCAAGCCCUGGCCGCCAUCGGAGUCGUUGAGAUCUGUUGAGUUCGUGGUGCUUCAGUGGGAAAACGGGGAUCUGAAUUCUGGGUUUGUUACUUCAACUGUCGAAGAUGAUUUCCUGGAAUUUAACAAAUCUUUCACGUUUUUCUUAACCCUGCAGCGUCGGGGGAAGAAAUCGCGGGAGGAAUUUAAGAAGAAUUGCUUGGAAUUUCACCUGUAUGAAUCUCCGAGGGAGAAUGCCAGUCAAGGGCAACUUCUGGGCACUGCUUCGAUUAACUUUGCGGAUUAUGGAGUGAUUAGAGAUGCUUUAGCCAUUAGUGUUCCGAUGAAUUGUAAGAAGAGUUCGAAAGGGCUGUUGCAGCCUUCGCUGUAUGUUAAGGUGCAGCCAGUGGACAAGAACAGACAAGAGUCUGGGUUCGAGAUUGAAUAUGAAUCUGACAUUGCUUCUUAUACUGAUGAUGAUUCCUCGCAUUCCUCCUCAACUUUUGCUUCUUCAAUCUUUGAGGCUGCCUGGGCUUCUUCGCCAUCUCAGAUUGAGAAGAAUGACUUUUAUGGAGAAAUAGCUGUUGGCAAAAGCAAAAGUGAAGAAAAUACUCAGCAACCCAAAGAGAAGUACAUUGAAAGAUUAAUAUCCAAAACUACACCUUCACAAAUGCAUAUUCAGGGAGGAAAAGAAUUUGAACCAAUAAACUCAGGAUACUCCCAAGAAUUUCAAGGGAGUAAAGUUAAACAAAAUGAAGCUAUAGAUGCAAGUGAUACAAGGCAGUAUUCUCAGAAUAAGGUAAUUGGCAAUGCUAUGAGAAGACAAGGUACAAUGAACUCCAUAGAACAGGCUAUUGGAGCGCAGAUGAACAAGGAUAGAUUAAAGUCAGUGAGGUCUGUCCAAAUAAGGGAUUCUGCCACUCUAAGUGAACUUUUUAGUGACAGUAAGAUAAUAAAGGAAGUAAGAAAUGAUGUGGCGGUAGAUGCUAGUAGUGCAUAUGCUAGAAAUGCAGCAAGAAUUGAGAAGAAAGAAAUGAAAUCUGAAAGUAUUGCACCAAUAGAAAAAGGAGUUCCAGAUGCUGAUGAGUUGUCCAAUGGCAAACCUGAUUGGGAGUCUAAAAUUAAGAUGCUUGAAGAGGAACUGAAGGAAGCUGCAGCCAUUGAGAUUGGCCUUUAUUCUAUUCUAUCUCCAUGCAUGGAGAGAAGGAUCCCAAGCUAA